AAGGCCUAAACACCAAUUGGGUACCGUGGGGCUAUAGGGGGGCCACACGAACUCUGGCGAGGGAACACGUGUGCAUGCAACAUGCACACAUUCUGGCUCCGGCUACGAGAUCCGCCGGGUGGUACCUCCACGUUCGACAGUCAGAGACCGUCUACCACCUACGGACAAUUACAACAUCCAUAGCCAAGAGAAAAAUUUCUCCUGGGACGGGACUCGAACCCGCACAGCGCACGGCGACUGAUUAGGAGACCGAAGAGUCUACUACUGCGGCCACCGCUGCUGCCUCAUAUUAGGAAUGAGAUAUUCUACUUCCUUAUUUUGAGAAAAUCCCCUGAUCGGUAGCUCCAUUC